CACUGCGAGACUGAUAGUCGUAAUCAUGCCACCCUGACCUCACGCACAUUCCCGUGAGCACGGUGCGUGCGUCGACGUCGCAGGGGAAGAUCUUUCGCGUAUCCGCGGCGAGUUGAAGGUGGGCAACAACGACAAAAACAACGACGACAACGACAACGACGACGACGACGACGACGACGACGAAGACGACGACGACGACGACGACAGUGACGACGGUGACGACGGUGACGAUGGUGAGAACGGCAUCUCCGACGCGAGUACGCGCGCGAGCUCGAGGCGGGGGAAGGUCGAUGUCGCAAGGGGAGGACCGGCCGGUCGCAGACGACUCGUCGUCCGUUCUGGUACCAGCGUUCUGGUGCCAGCUCACCUCUCCCUCGGCGAACGAGACGUCGUCGGGAAGGAAAAACGGGACGGAGAAACGCGCGCGCGGAUGAUCGCCGUGAGAUCGACCCCGCGUUCGCGCACGUGUCGAUAAAAAUUUCGUUCCCCGAGAAAGGGAAGAGAUACAGAGAGCGAAAGAGAGAACGUGCGUCACCGCUACAAUUCGGAGCGGUGAAACACCGCGCGCGUCAACUGCAUCACGCGGAAGAAUUAACGUGCGUGAACGCGCGUCGGUCGAGGGUGGCGAUCGACCCUGGCCGCGUUCGAUGAUCGAGGAGGUGGUGUGCGCCGUCCAUCUCGCGGAUCCCGUCCCGUCGUUUCGGUGCGAAUAACGCGCGCACGUAAUUACAUUAUUGCACCCCGUCGCCCGCGCUUACGUUACAUGUGCGUGUGUGUGGAAGCCGUUGUCCUCGUGACACAUAUUAGAAAUAGGGACGCCCCGCACUCACGCGUGUGCGCCGCACGAAGGCACUUGACGACGCCGAGGUACCGGCGCACGCGACGCCCGAAAGCGCCGCGCGUAUCACCCUCCCUCUACCCCGGAACGAUCCGGUGGCGGCGGUCCGGCAGUACUCGCGUGCUGCUCAGGGAGACGUGGAUAUCACACGGGGGACGUGCACGUGCACAUCCCCGGCGAACGGGUCCUGAACGGGAAAGGAGAGAAGGACGAGGGCGCGAGGCGACGCCGCCGUGCCGCCGGCGCUGUGCGUCGCACGUGUUACUCCUGACCAAGCCGGAUCGAUUGCCCGGAAGUGUGCUCGAGCUCGACCACUGGCUGAUGGUGCGAUCGUCAUAUGCGUCUUACUCGCCGCGUCCUGCUCUCCGCGGAUUUUUUCCGCAAGAGUGACCUGGAGGAAUCGAGCUCCGCGCGAAUCGGUUUUACUCGCGCGAGAGUUCCUUGUAUUUGUACUUUCUUCUUCUUCUUCUUCUUCUUCGCUCUCUUUCCGGUUCAGAGUGCUGGUGACGAAAAUGAAUGUUGCACGUAUCAUGGAUGUACGUACUACUGUGGUAUCAACUACUGUGAGGACGAAUUGAUUGUUGUCAAAUCGGUGAACAAGUGUUCGACGACAUUCGGUCCAGGUUCGGGAUUCAGUUUGUCCCGUUGGAAAACGUACGAUUUGGAUCUCGAUUAUCUUCGACGUGCCGAGAUCUCGAGCGAGGUAGCUGUCGAUAUACGGUCCUCUUUUAGGGAGAGCUUAGUGCUGAAUUAAUUUUUUUCUUUUUUUUUUUUUCAAUCAAGCGGAUCCCUUUUGCGUCUCUCUCCUCGAAAAUUCGAGCGAAUCGCGUAUCAAAAUUCCGUCUAAACGGAAAAGAGUGAGCGUAAAGCGAAAGGAGGAGGAGUACGUUAAACUUUUAAUUGGGGAUCCGAUUUCUCGCUCGUCGAGCGGGGCGAGCUAAUCGAAUCUGGAGCGUGCUCCCGUUUCAAACGGGCUCGCUCUAUUUCGACGGGAUUCCUCGACGCGGAAGUCUACGACGUCUUAAUAGAUACAUUCGCGAGGUGAGGAGAUCUCUUUGGACCGGUCUCUUCAAAACGGCGCGUAUGCAUUAAGAGUAAAGAAGGGGGAGGGGGGGUCGUCAAACGCACAUGAUUGUCCCCGAUUUGGAGAGAGAAAGAUUCGCAAGCGUCGCGUUGCCAACGGUCACGUUGAAUAUCUCGCGUGCCUCUACCAACCUCUCUUUAUUGUGUUCGUCUAUCGGCGACUCGGCCUCGCCGCCAUGUGCCGCCGCGUAAUAAACAGAUAGGUGAGUUGUACUACUCGCCGACGUUCUCGCUGGCACAGCUCUCGUCGCCUUUUCGGGUAAGAGAUCCGCGCGAAGUGCAACGGGUAUCGUCGGAUCGCAACGUGGACCGCUUCCUUCGGGAGCACGCACUUUUCGUAAUUCUCUGUUUAAAAAAAAAGGAAUCGGAGGAAAGAGAGAGAAAGAGAUUGGUGGGGGGAGAAAAAGGGGGGAGGAAUUCUCUCUUUCCUCGCAACCAACGAGCGGAGCACGGCCGUCAUUUUUCGUUACCAUCAUUAUUAAUAGCGGACACAUCGAUUAAUUGAUUUAUGUUAUAAAAAAGAAUGGCACGCGUCGAUAAAUAAUGGCACGUCCCCCGCCGCCGUCGCGUCGGCCGUUCGUUCGUUCGUUCGUUUGCCGUCAAUAGAGCAUAGGAAUCCCCCUCCCGUUCAGGUAACGUCAAACACGUAUGGAUCAUCGACUCUGACUCGCCAACGGCUUUCAGCGUGUGUACCCUCUUCCCAUCGGUGCCACCGCUCUCACCUCCCCCGCGGGUUGCUACCACCACGCGCCACCGGCGGACACACAGCCUACCACCCCCGGGUUCUUAUCUCUCACGGGGGCUCUCGCGAGGGAGUAACUGACCGAUAUCGCGCCGCUCCAUUAAAAAUGCAGUCCUACAGAGACCGCAGUCUAUAGACACAUAUUCGCGCGGCCGCGUUGCGCAGCGUCGUCGGUCGUACCCCUCUUUCUUUGUUUUCCCUGUUUUUUUCGCUCCCUCUCCCCCGGUUUUGCCUUCCCCCUUCCGUUUUCCUAAAUCGCAUUGCGGGCAUCUUCCCUCCGAACCGCGGUCUUUCCCUCGCUGCCACGCUACCUCGUUUUUGUUCUAUCAAUCUUGACACACUCGCUCGCGCAAGUCUCACACGUCGCUACGUUCCCACGGAGACGAGAGAUUAUUCCGAUAUUCCGAUACCCCGAUCGGACCUGCCCUCGCUCGUUCAAGGAAAGAAAAAAAAACAACACGUUUUCCAAGGGGACACACACGGGUGACCGUGGAUGACCAUUUCUCGAGCGAGACCUUGAAAUCGCGUCUCAUUCCCUCGGGAGGCUGGGACGCCGCGCGCCGGCCGGCGAUUCGGUCGGGGCCGCUCUCGCCGUCGCGAAUCCUCGCGGUGAUGUUCCGCGCGGAGCGGUGGUGGCGGUGCGAGAACUCCAACUAUUUAUAAAUGAGUCCGAACCCGGUUGGCGAACGGCUCGACGAAGUCGGGAGCGACGGAGCUGCCGCCGCUCGUGCGCUCGGGCCGCCUCGCGUCGGGGAACAAUUCGCUACCCCAUUGGUAAAAAUAGAAGCUCCUAGCCAGCUAGCCGAACUCGAGGCUAGAGCUUGGAGGAGGCCACCGCUCUAGAGCCGCGCUAGAGCGGACGGACCGGCGCAACCGCUGUGUGCUGCCCGCGCGGAUGCUGACGAUGAUGCCGAUGUCGGUGCCGACGUUGCUGCUGCCCCGAUGUCGCGCAACGCCGUGUUAGAACCACACCGUCCGUCGCCGUCGACGUGAAGGAAGCGCGCUCGGUCGCUCGCGCGCGCGCGCGCGCGGGUGUGCGCGCGUGUGUAUGCGUGUGUAUAUGUGUACGUGUGUGCAUAUGUACGUGCGUAUUGCUGAGAGAGAGAGAGAGAGAAAGAGAGAGAGAGUGAGUUCGGAUCUGCGUUUUCCUCCUCGUCUCACUUCUACCUAGCGACACCCGUCUCGAGAUAGACUCAGUGUCCGCCGAGGCUUCACACCGCGGUCUAGGCCCCGGUCCCCGUGGGUUCUUGGUUAUCGAUCAUACCGCCGUAGAUAGAUCUCGCGGGUGACUCAGAGAGCACCCGAUCGCACACACACGUAGGUCUCCGUUUCCCGAAGAAAGCGUCAGAUUGGAAGAGAGGAGCUUUCGUGCGGUGAAGCCGUCGAGAAACGGAGAGAUCGGGCGAAAGAGAAGAGGUGGACGAAGAUAGGGAGGAAGAGCGAGUAAGAGAGUGGGAGAGUGAGCGCGCGCGCGCGCGAGAGAGAGAGACAGAAAGAGAGCGAGAGAGAGAGAGAGAGAGAGAGAGAGAGAGAGAGAGAGAGAGAGAGAGAGAGAGAGAGGCACAUUCCGAGCGGAUCACGGAUGCUUAUAGAAGCGUUGCGUAACGGCGUCAGGCGGACAGCGAAACCGCGACUCCGUUGGGCUCGUUGUCUAGUUUCGACAAUUUCGACGGGGAACCCGGUACGUCGCGCGGUACGUUCUCCGGCGGGAUUCUCGCGAAUCCUAAAACGGUGAUUCUAAUGGUGAUUCCCGUAACGCCAGGAGUUCCCAAGUGCCGUCGAGUGUAUGCUGCCGAAUGCGCGUCACGAUUUUUCCACGAUUACGUCUCCGAUCGUAUCCCGGCCGAUCCACGGGCGGCGACACGUGCGUGUACAUGUGUAUGCGAGUGAGCGAGAGGUAGACUGAUAGAUCCUCCCCUCCCCAAUGAUAGUAGUAUGGCGUGAUAAUGCAUCGAGAUAUCUCGACUCAUAGGCUACUACCGCUAGGUGAUUUGAGGAGUUUGGGAAUUGAGAAUGAGGACGAGAGAGGGAGAGAGAGUGAGAAAGAGAGAGAGGAAGGAUACAGAGUGCUUGAGAGGGUGAUCUCGUACCCGGCGUAUUCGUGAAAUCAAGGCCGCGGCUCCCCUCGAUCACCCAGUACUGGAAAAGAGUGAGAAAGAGAAAGAGAGAAAGAGAGAGAGAGAGAGAGGGCCGUGUAACGUUUCGCGCUUGAGAUCGAGAGACGUAGAUCUGCGCUCGUCACGUUCGCGCGCUCUCGCACGUUCGGUUCUUCGAAGUUGUACUAAAAUUAAAUCCGGGGCCCCGGCGGGCGCGAGACCCGCUGAUUCUUUUCUCACGUCCGGCUUCUCUCUCGCGCGCGCGGAGGACCGUGUCGCGACGAUGACAGGCGCUCCUUGACUUGGUUCGCGAGAGCGCGGAUCCGCGGGAGUGGAGUGCGGGGGUGCAACUCAAAUCUUUUUCCUCGAGGACAACAGCUCCGCCGCCGUGUACCGCUCGUGUCCCGCCACGUCUCGCAACGACGUCGCCGACAGACGCGCGAUCGUUACGGCGGAUCAACGCUCGAUUCUACGGUGCUAUUGUAGAGACCCGGUGGAGGCGGACGUGAGAAGACGGCGGCGAGGACGGCGAAGAAGACUGCAACGACGUCGGAGGAGAAGGUGGCGGAGAAUGGGGCGACGUACGGGGUUGGGCGCGUGCAGACUUUGCUGACGAGCGAGCACGAUCACGACGACGAUAACGAUCACGACCAAGACGAAGACGAGGGAGACGAAGAGUAGUAGUGGUAGAAGAGGAGGACGGAGGGAGGAAACGGGGGAAACGUGCGAAAACGAACGACAGUGCCUGCGGUGACUGCAUUAAGAGAGAUGCAGCAACAACCGCACUCCGGCCAGCAACCGUCCGGGGCGCCAAACGGGUUGGCGGGGGGCGCCCAAUUGCCACAAACAGGUGGCAUGAGUCCGGCGCAACCUGGCGCCACCGGCACCGCCGCGAAUCGCGCGCAAGUUAACGGUGGUAGAUUCGACUUCGACGAUGGUGGGACCUACUGCGGCGGCUGGGAGGACGGAAAGGCCCACGGCCACGGUGUAUGCACCGGGCCCAAAGGUCAGGGCGCUUACUCCGGCAGCUGGCACUUCGGCUUCGAGGUAUCUGGCGUCUACACCUGGCCCAGCGGGUCAGCUUACGAGGGACAAUGGCAGAACGGCAAGAGGCAUGGUCUGGGCAUGGAGACCCGUGGCCGCUGGCUGUAUCGGGGAGAAUGGACCCAGGGGUUCAAGGGUCGCUACGGGGUUCGGCAGUCCACCACCUCCACGGCGAGAUACGAGGGCACGUGGUCCAGCGGCCUGCAGGACGGUUACGGCUCCGAGACUUACGCCGACAGCGGUACUUAUCAAGGCCAAUGGCUCCGCGGGAUGCGGCACGGUUAUGGGGUGAGAGCGAGCGCGCCGUUCGGUUUGGCCAGCCACUACAAACCUCCGAAGCAAGUGAGGGCAUCCUUGACGUCGUUAAGGAGCGCCGACGGCGGACCGGCGGUCGCCCCGACGCCGGAGCCUACCGACAGGAGGGACCGACGAGUGGACGACAGCCGGGGGGGAUUCGUCCUAAAAGCCAGGAGCGACGAUCCGCCCGCCCGGAGAAAGAGCCUCACCGAAAAGUCCCUGAAGAAGGGUAUUCUUUCGGGUCUCAAAAUACGAAAGCAGAGGAGUACGGGAGACUUGGAGAAGCGCGGUACUGGCGGUAGUAUCAGAAGUAACGCCAGCUCGGCGUCGUGGAUGUCGACCGAGAGCUCGCAGAGUCAGGCUUCGGCGUCGGUUCACACGGACAGCAAUGCGUCUUUUGUCAUCGAGGACGAGCAGAUGGACGCGUCGGUGACCGAGACGUACCUGGGGGAGUGGAAGAAUGACAAGAGGACCGGCUUCGGCAUAUCCGAGAGGAGCGACGGGCUGCGAUACGAGGGCGAGUGGUUCAACAAUCGCAAAUACGGUUACGGCGUCACCACGUUCCGCGACGGCAGCAAGGAGGAAGGAAAGUACAAGAACAACGUGCUAAUCACCAGCCAGAAGAAGAAGCACCUCUUCCUAAUCAGGUCCGCCAAGUUUCGCGAAAGGAUAGAGGCGGCGGUGAACGCAGCUCAGCGGGCGAGCAAGAUCGCCCUGCAAAAGGCCGACAUUGCCAUCUCCAGGACGGCGACGGCGCGCGGUAAGGCGGAAUUAGCUGAUAUCGCCGCCGAACACGCCAGGGAAGACUCCGAGCUGGCGCAGCAAACGGCGAGGCAAUUCGCACCGGACUUCCGGCAGCCGGGCCUAGAGAGGCUGCGGAACAGGGAGAUACCGAAGUACGUACCGCCGCCGCAGGACUCCAUGCCGGGCAAGAGCAUCCUGCACAAGGCGGCCAGCGUGGAUCACCCCAGUAGCGGUGCCACGCCGAUCAAGAACGCCUCGUUGGCCGUCGACUCCACUACGACGGCGACAACGACGACGACGACGAACCCGCCGGCAUCCGCGACAAAUAACACCGCCAGCAGCGUGAUGCAGUCGAUACGUAGGACCAGUAUGAAGACGCUGCCGCAGAAUCAGCUGUCGCCCAUGCAAAACCAAAUACCGAAUCAAGUGCCGCUGGCAAACCAGGCGUCCAUGAACCAACUGAACGCGCAGCAGACCUCGCUGACCGGUCAGAAUCCGUAUCAGUAUUCGUAUCAGCAGCAGAGCGUACUGUCGAAUCCGACGAGCCAGUACCCGAACAGCAUACCGAAUCAGUACCAGCCGAAACAGUACAGCCAGCAGCAGCAUCCGCAGUUUGGCCAGAACAAUCCGUAUCAGUCGCAGUAUCAGUCGGCCAAUCCAUCUCAGGUUGAGCACUAUCCCGAUUAUCAACAGCAACAACAGCAACAGCAGCAACCGAUCGGGUCGCACGACUUCCAAAAUUUGCAGGCUUAUCCCAAUCAGCAGACGAUAAUACCCAAUCAAUAUGGGCCUGGUCAAAUGAAUCAGUACAAUUCGCAAUCGAUGUACGCGCAACAAACGCACCCGUCGCAGCAAUACCAGUCUGACAUCAUGGAUGCGGCGAGGCCGCCGAGUUCCACGAGUUUACGAAGAAAUAGUAGAGUCCUGAGUCCUCAGGAUCGACCUGGCACCAUUGGCCAAACGCUAAACGAUAGGCUCGAUCACUACAAGAGGCCGCCUAGCCGCGACAGUUCCGAGGAUCGUUAUGCCAGAGCGCAUUCCCGAUUGACUGGAUCGAGACAACCAUCCGUCGACAAAACCAUACCGAACCCACCUUCGGAUAUGCUCGACAGAUCGACGAGGGCCCCAAGCGCGAUACGAGGGGGGACGCCGCUGAACGGCUCCGUGAUAGGUAGCGGUGCCGCGACGCCGACGUACGCCGCGCCGACUCCCAGCCAGUUCGAGGGAGCUCUCCUGAAAAACCGUGGCCUUGGACAGGACAUUCUACCGAGUCCUGGGCAGCCUAAGCGCACCGAGAGCCUCUACGUAGCUCGCGGACCGUCCGGCGGUGGUGGCGGUGGUGGCGGCGGCGGCGGCGGCGGUGGCAUUGUGCCGAAGGAAGCAAGCCGGACGGUCCCCGCCUUCGCCGCAACGUCAAAGGGCCGCGCAACCCUAUGAGUAUAAGUAUAUAAAAUAUAAUGUAACAGAGCGAUGUGUUACGCGAUAGCGCAGUUUGGCAAGGAAGCGCAGCUUUCGAGAUACUCGCGCCGCAUCUCCGGUCGAAUCGAGAAGGGAAGGGGGAGAAGAAAUCGCAGCCGUUCCGGUCACCAUUUCCGCCCAACUCACUCCCCUGCGUUUGAAUAGUUCAGAGCGAAUUAAGUUCCGAUAUAGGAGGAGAGGGGGAGGCGCAUUGACGAUAUUUUUCUAUGAAUUUACGGGUCUCUGCAUCGCGCCCGAUGUUACCUUAAACUGGCAAAGAUAGUUCAUUACUGGCUGGAUUUUCGCGGUUCGCGCACGCAGUACGUUGCACUUGAUACUUGGGUGCAGGUUUCCAGGGUGGGGCCUUAUACGCGAAUACGCGGAGAAUUUUCUAAUAGUAACGAUAACAUUUUUCGUGAGAAAUUUUUUGGUGCUACGUUGUGGGACGUAACGUCUGACGGGAAGGGGAUGGGGGGGGAAGACUUACUUGUACCUGGUGUAGAUCACGCUAUUAGCUGUUAAACCGACGCCGCGAACAAUAAAGACGCUCAUAUAAUAGAGUCGAAGGAAGCGCAUACGAAAUGGACAGUGCGUAUUUAUGGGAGACUUAUUUUUCUAUGUGAAAACACUGGUUGGCCUAAGCCGGGUGAACACGUGAUUUGUUCACUCGCGCGAACAAUCGUUAUGCAGUUGUCGUCGGCACUCGAUCGUCAGCGUUGAUCCUGGAAUAAAUCCGCACCGAAAAAGAAAGCUUGGUCAGAGAAUAAUCGAGCCUUCGUGAAAUAACUUCAACCAAAUGUUCAAUUGAUGUAACUAUGAUGUAAUAAAUAUUAUACCAAGCAAUGAUUAAAUAUCACUAAAUAUUUGAUUAUAUUAACCGAACAUUUAGUUGAAAUUAUUUCACCAAAGCCUAUUAUCACCUAGAUUAUUAUUACCAAUUGUUAUCAAGCUGUUUUCUUCAAUGCGCGAUUGCGUGUUAACGGUAGGCGUUUGGCAAUAGCGCGACUAAUGUAAAUGCCUCGUUAUUGCGCAAUGAGUUUCAGAGUGCAGGAAGACGGUAUGGGCCGUUUAAUUCGUCGCGACGGACAUCGCUGAUAAAAAGAGCGAAUUCAUUUCCAGGAUUAAGUGAACGACGAUGAGAAGCCGUAGCCGACGAGAACGAGGUGGAGAGAGCUUAAAAGAUUUCCGAGGUAUCUUAGAUCGUGUUUUCGUGUCUCGGUCGCGAAAGAGGAUCGCUCCCGUCGUUAGGAAACGCUAUUGGGAAACGGAAUUGUGAUGCUAGAGCGAUCUCUGGAUUUCGCAAACCGCGCGCUUGAAAACGUGGAUUGGCAGCGGCACGACAACGUCGCCUCGUUGUAUAUCAAUUCGAGAGAUACGAUCUCUAUUGCGCUUAUUGGGUAACAUGCGAGAUUUCGUCGACGGACCAGUUCAACGAACAAUAAAUGUAACACUACAUCUACUACAGUUCCUUUCAGCGAAGAGAGUGAAGAAGCAACCUGAAUGCCCUCCGAUUUAUUCUUUAUCCGCUCGGUACACACUCUCUAUUAUAGUUAAAUAAGAUUAUUAAAUCGCGCAGGAGGAGAACGCGAGAGUAUAAUACGUACUUACGAGCAUAAACGGACAUGUCUGUGUAUAUGUACGAUGUGUGUAUAUGUAUAUGUAUAGUUAUUUGCACAUAGAAACCGACCACACAUGCUAAAUCGGAGCGAUAUUGCGAGUUGGCUCGCCACUUUGUAGAGCGGCUGAAAAAGCGGAACGAAUCCUCGUUCGCAAUUCUUCUACAUUUACAUGUGACAUUCCGUUUCUUUUUUUUUUGGACUCUUCUUUUUUUCUCUUCUUGUUUGCAAACAGCCACUCGAACCGAGCAUUAGGCAAUCUACGUUAAUUGCAUGCGCAUACAUUUUAUAUAUAUAUAUAUAUAUAUAUAUACGAAUGUAAACACAUGCGCGCGGAGCUGAGCUGAAGCCAGCGCGCGUUUAUCGCAUCCACAUUAACUCGAUCUAAUUAACGGGCCUCGGAAGGUAAGCCUUAGCGCGCGGCGUGGAGGCGGGGACCAUGUUUUUCUCUUCCAUUCUAUUUUAACCCUCUUUAACCAUAUUUUAAGCUUCUUUCGACUUCCCUUCUCUUCUGAGCCCUCUCGCUCUAAGCCACCUCUCCUUAGAUUACUCUCGCCUAGGUUACUCGAGCGAUCGAUACCGCUUUAGUUCAAUUUUACCAUGUUGUGUUCACAACCUGAAUGCUCUUAUCAUUUGACUUAUCAAAUAGUACUGUUACAUUACAGAGAGAAACAGAGAGAUAGAGAGAGAGAGAGAGAGAGAGAGAGAAAGAGAGAGAGGGAGACUGCUAAUUUUUUAUUAUUACGCGCCGUGAUCGCAAACGUACAAGCUAACGUAAGAUGAGACUCGCUUAUCCACCUCCAUGCCGCUUUUUUUCCCUGUUUUCUGGUUGGAGUCCGUUGUUUUUCUAACGCAUGCUUGUCGUGAAUUCGAAUCUACUUAUUUGGUGGCCACGCAGUGGGGAUGAAAUGUAAAUCUACCUGGACAAAAUUCCAAUUUAGAUUUAGAAAAUGAUCAUCAACUGAAUUUUAUUAUAAUUUGUAGUACGAGUUACUUUGUUACAACGUGCCGUGCUUAAUAACGAAACAGAUUUUUUAAUACAAAACACAAACACACAGAAAUAAAUUAUAUAUCAUUUUAUUUCAAUAUCAGGCGAUGUGUUAUCUUCCAAAUUAAAAAGCUCCUCCAAUGUUGCAAAAAAUAGCAUCGCUACUGUGUUCGAACAUACUACAAAAAAUUCAAUUAUAUGGCAUGAUUUUUUUUUAGUUGAACUUUUACUCUAUAAUACUAGAUACAUAUAUAAUUAUACAGUAAAAUAUUGUUAAAAUUUAUUUACAGAAGCAUGUUUUUAUGCAACAAUGCAAUGUUUUUCAAUAAACAUUUUUGUAAAUCAAUUGUGGGUAUAAUGGCAAUAUUAAAACGUUUUUACCUGUUUUAUUAUGAUAGAAUCUGCAUUAUACAAAGUAUAACUUUGCCAUAUUGUUUGAUUUAUAAAAAAAUGUUAAUUUUUCAAGUUUUGUCCAGCUAGAUUCGUCCCAUUGUGCGCCGUGUGCAGGGAACUUGUUAAAAUGAAAGUAAAUCACGGAGGAGAGAGAUGUUCGAUACGAACGAGCCUUAAGCACGCAGGAGCCUAAUUACAUCUACGAUGUUGUUAGUCGUCAUUGCCGAUAUAUACAUAUAUAUACGUACGUUAUAUUGUAGUACAUUACUUGUUUCACGCACGUCGCGCACGCAUAUGAAUCAUCAAGUGUAGAACAAUUUGCCGCCCACUGUUAACGCGGAGGAAAAGAUAUGUACGUGCGAAGAAGUGCGAAAGCCUAUUUUAUAUACUGAGAGAAAAUGAAACGCUCGAGAGGAAAGGGAGAACUGAGAACGCGAGUUUUACGAUCGCCUGUGUUUGAACUUUGAAAUGUAUUUAUACGCCAACGAUUCUUUGUACAGGAAAACGUCCAGGUUACAUAUUGAGUAUGUUCCGUGUAAAUAGGGCUUAAUACGCGAUUUAUGAGCAGAUAACAGGGCGAAAUUGUGUACGAUAGUAAGAUUAAGAGCGGACGGAAGAUCUUUAAUGAUCGCUUUUGCCAACGAUACCUGUGAGCCUAAUUCUUAAACGGUCUAAUGUAUAAUCGGAAUUCUAAUCUAAUAGAAAUUAUAUAAUGAGGAUCGCACAAACAAGGUAUUACUAUUUGAGAUUUUUAAUUAAACUGCGAAGGAAUACUCGCUAUAUUUUCAUACAGGUCCGACUUAACGGUAUGUAAUAUAUCUGCGUUAACACCUUAAGUCACAAAUCAUGGUUUUGACAAUAACGAAGGUUGCACGCAGAAAAAGAAAGAGGUGAGGGAAGAGCUUACGAUUUGUGCCGGUUCGCAUGCAAUGUACAAUACAAUAAAAUGCAACAACGCGCGACUGCAACUCCAAAUGCAACAUUCCCAAAGCAAACAAACUUGAAUUCUGACUUAAGUCGUUAAUCUACCCAUGUGUUCACACAAGUUACUCGCUUAUGACGAAUUUUGAGCUAUUGAGCGACUAGUCCGGGGAAGGAGGUGGCGCGAGAAGAGGCAUCGACAUUCCGUCAACGUUGAAAAUAGUACCUUUCUUAAUCUCGCACUCAAGUGCCAACCUAGCGAAAAACGUUGUUCCGUUUGACCUUACGAGAGCUUUUCUAGAACUAAUUCAACGAGUCAGAUAUUAAUCACGAUUUCUUAUUUAUAGCGUGACGCACAAUUAUUUGUAGACACGUAGCCGUAUAGAUUGUAGACGAUCAGGCGAGGAUCGAAAAUAGAAUAGCGUACAUAAUCGCUAAAUUGUCCAGAUUACAUUCCGAAGAGAAAGAAAGGGAGAAAGUCUUAAUGUAUACUAGAAACUGUACUGUUUUCCGUUCACCAAACAACGACAUUGCAAAUGUUGAUUCGAUGUACUGAAUGUAUUUAUGUAUACCAUGUAUAAGCUGUUGCUGAUGACAGAUUAAAGAGCAUCGCGUAAAUUGGAUCUCUCAUUGCCUUUACUAUCUGUUAUUAUUAUUAUUUUUUUUUUUUUUUUUUUUUUACAGAAGCUAUAUAAUAAGUAUUAAUCACUUUGCUGAGAAAAAAGUCGUGAUAUCGAGUAGAAGUAUUAGAAAACAAUUGAGUGCGUGCACGUUCCACAUAAUAAGAUGCUAAUGUUCUAAGAUCCAAUGGCGCAAUCGUAAUAUUCAAACGAGCUCUAUGGAAAUUGCGGACAAUCAAAGAUUCGCGAAAAAAAAAUUGCAAACAAUGAACGUGCCACGCGAUUGUAUGCAAUUCGUGAACGAGGCGGCGGAAAUUCCGGUUUAAAUAUUAAUCUCCUCAUUAUCAUUUCUUACAAUUUGUCAAGCUUCAUUUGAAGCACAGCCGUGUCAUCGCAGAGACCUGCAAAAGCAUCGCGGAAAGUUCCGAAAGUUACGAAAGAAAGAAAGAAAUACUAACGGUUUCCCUUUUCGCAGACAGGUCGCCUGAUUACUCGCCAUUGUUUAUCGUUACGCGUUAAUCCAAUAUAGCGUGGCAGUAAAUUGGCGUCGAUAUGAAUGUAAUUGCUACCAUAAAAAAAUAUUACAGCAUUUGGCGUCACGCGUUAAUUGAUCCGGAUUAAACAAUGGAUUCGAUAAGGGGACUGCCUCGAGAUAAUCGCGCCAUUAGCGAGGCAAAUUAAAGCGUUGCACCAUGCCGGUGCGAAUUACUUCGCCGGUAGUUACGACUGCUAACGGUAGUAACGACUUGAGCUGCCGCAACAGCGCCGCGGGGGCUGCGCAACGCGAUAAACGACAGACAAAGAAAUUGCAGGCAAAUAAGUGGGACGGACGUUUUCUUGGCGCGCGCGAAAAUCCCCAAAAUCCUCCGUCGUAUAUAUUCGCAUGCCAAACGUAUGAGUCAGAUGAUUUGAGACUGCAGACGCGCGCGCAUACACGCACACACACGUGGACUUGAUUUGCGUAAGACUGUCUCGCACGCAGGGGUACGAUAAACUUUGUAAUUUCGAGUUUGUUGCUUUUCCUCCCCCCCCCCCCUAACGUUUUUUUAAUGUUUCAAAUUUUUCAAUAACUUUGGUCACUUCGAAAAGAGAUUGAGGAAGAGAGAGAGAGAGAGAGAGAGAGAGGAGACUCGUGAAGCGAGAAAUUUCGGAGAGAAAUUCCCAAAGUUAAUUCGCGAACGUCAGCGAAGCAAAAGGACCGGAUUUCUCGAGAUUCGGGCGAAAUCUUUUCGCGUCCGCUGUCGUAAAUCAGUCCCGUAAAUCGCAGAGCUACGGGAGAAUCGACAUGCUUCUGGCAGCGUCCCGAGCGCAGAUCUCCUCCACGGCUGGCGUCGCGACGCUCCGCCGGCAGAGUUAUUUCGAAGAUAGUGGGGCAUCGCUCUAUUUUCGGUCGUGCUGGCCAGGGCCGUUCAGUCUGCGGCCCGGCUUCCUUACCGGGAGGCCGCGAAUCCGUAAUUCACACUUCGAUUCGCCCCCUUUCGCGCCCCGGAAAUCGACUGAUCGAA